GGCUAAAGUGGGCUAGUUUGCUAUCUAGUGCCAGAAACAAAUGAGAGAACACCCUCACUCUGGACAUUUUACUCGGCCUAAGCAGAGCUGGUUAGAGUGUUUUCUUGUUAUCUAGAGGGUUAGUGACUAACUGUGUUAUGGCAACAAUUUAAUUGCGUUUUUAGUCGAUGUUUACUUGCACCUGUCAUUGCCAAUUUUAGGGCGUUCGUAAAUUCCUCAAUUACUAUCGCUAGCAAACCAGAGUGCUCUGAAAUUGGAACCGAUUACCAAUGUGAAUACGAACGCACCCCACAUUAGAAGUUCACGAGAAAAUUACAUCAGAUGUCUCGUUCUGCGCAAAUUUCUGCCACGUUCAAAACAACUGGGAACUCGGAAAUCUCUCACUUCCGAGCGUUCAAGACAUCUGAGAACCCGGAAAAAGACGAGCCUCGACUGGGAAAAAAUCGUUUGAGCUGUCAUCCAACUGGGAACUCCAAGUCUGGAAACUCGGACAUUUUUCUAGAGCUCCGACUUUCCGACCCGAAAUGAAGAUCACCGACGUCAUGAGUUGAACUCGGUUAUUUCUGAGUUCCCAGUUGUCUUGAAAGCACCAUUCACACCGGGCAGAGAGAGGCCUCUUCGGGGAUAGCAAACAUAAUCGCUGAAGAUGGCGGCGGAGAGAGACACCGAAAAUAAUACUGCAUGUAUUAUCAUCACUAAGCAAUGCUUUUUUUAGAGAGGUGGACACGGAAAAUACCGAGAGCUUUUAAAGUUGAAGUACCGUGUUGCGCACAUGACUUGUUUCCCCCCCCCCCACUGGAGCGCCCAAGUUCCAUGUCAAGUUAGCAGUGUUGGCUAGCUAGCCUGAUUGGAUUGCACAUAGAUUUGAUGAGCGAUUAAAUGUGCCACAAACUGUCCAUGAAGCUAUUGGACAACAUCGUCUCUUACUACUGUGGGAUACAGCUUUGCCAGCCUUUCAACUGGACCCGCGACACGGCGAGUGUCGAGUCGAAGUGACUGACCGUCAUGUAUUUUCUAACUGGCUGGCCUCGGAGGCUACUUUGUCCACUGAAAAGUGAAGAAGAACCGUUUCAUGUUCAACCCAGCUCCCAGAGGUUUUACUUCGCUGUAUUGUCCGAGACUCAACUAAGCGUCUGGUUUAGCCGGCCCAGUGUUCUGAUAGUGAGCUACAUAGAGUCGGCGAAAGCAUCAUCCCAGUUUGGCUUCUAUCAGCAGGCCGAAUGGAAGCAGGACGAUUCCAUGAUAGCAGUAGCGGCUGCCAAUGGCUACAUCCUCCUGUUUGACGUGGUGGGAGGAGGAGAGGACAAGUAUCUUUAUGAACCCGUCUAUUCCAAAGGGAGUCGUGGUGUUAAGGUCACCCCAGGUUAUAAAGAGGAGCAGUGUGCCCCCGCUCUCAGCCUGGAGAUGAAGAGACCCAUAGACCUGGAGGCUCCCAUUACCAGCAUGCAGUCUCUUCAGGAGGAUCUAUUGGUGUCUACUGCUGAUGGCUACCUCCACGUCCUCCACUGGGAUGGAGUCAGCAACGGCAGGAAGGCCAUCAGUCUCUGUAGUGUCCCUUUCUCCCUGGACCUACAGUCUGCCAGAGGUGGUCUGUGUCUGGACCUGAAGGGGGUGUACAUCAGAGACAUGACCUACUGUGUGACACUGGAUGGCUUUGCUGUGGUGCUUGAUGAUGGCAGGCUGGGGUUCAUCACUCCUCUAGCCAACAGGAUCACUGCAGAUCAGCUGCAGGGCGUCUGGGCAGCAGAUGUAACAGACGGCACGUGUGUGGCUGUCAACAAUAAGUACAGACUGGUGACCUUUGGCUGUGCCAGUGGCUCAGUGUUGGUGUACAGUAUCGAUACCACUACAGGGUCCAUGCAGCUCUCCCACAAGCUGGAGCUCACUCCUAAACACUACCCCGAUGUGUGUAACAAGACAGGCGCGGUGAAGCUGAUCCGCUGGUCCCCCGACUACAGUGUUGCCAUGGUGACCUGGGAGUGCGGGGGACUGUCUCUGUGGAGUGUGUUCGGAGCCCACCUCAUCUGUACCCUGGGGGAGGACUUUGCGUAUCGGUCAGACGGAACUAAAAAGGACCCUAUAAAUAUCAGCUCAAUGUGCUGGGGAGCAGAGGGCUACCACCUGUGGGUCAUCACUAGCAGAGAGGAGGCAGAGCUAGUAGAGAACAUGGAGGAGGCUCCUCCCCAGACCCAGCAGGCUGGCAUACUGCAGUUCAACUUCAUCAAGAGCGCCCUCACGGUCAACCCCUGCACGAGUAACCAGGAGCAGGUGUUACUUCACGGGGAGGACCGUCUCUACCUAACCUGUGGUGACCCCACCCAGCUCUCCUCCGGCAGCUCAGAGAGCCCCCACCCCCAUAACCUCCCCCACGGCGGGGAGGGCAGCCCCACCCACCACCCCUCGCCCAACUCUACUUUACUGGGAUACAAGCACUGGCACGUGGUCCAGAUUCACAGCACAUACCUAGAGAGCAACUGGCCUAUACGGUUUGCAGCCAUAGACACAGCAGGCCAGUGUAUAGCUGUAGCAGGGAGACGUGGCUUUGCACAUUACUGCAUGUCCACCAGGAAAUGGAAGCUGUUUGGGAACAUCACUCAGGAGCAGAACAUGACCGUGACAGGAGGGCUGGUCUGGUGGAACGGCUUUGUUGUUGUUGCCUGUUACAACUUCAUCGACCGGCAAGAAGAGCUGCGUCUGUACCUGCGGUCGUCUAACCUGGAUAACACCUUCUCCUCCGUCACCAAGCUGCACUCUGACACUCUGCUGCUCAACGUGUUCAGAGACAUGAUCAUCCUCUUCAGAGCAGACUGCUCCAUCUGCCUCUACAGCAUGGAGAGGAGACAUGACGGACCCAAUCCAUCAGCCAGUGUUGAGCUGCUUCAGGAGGUGUCCAUGUCUCGCUACAUUCCUCAUCCUGCCCUGGUGGUGUCAGUCACCCUCACCUCCGUACGCACAGAGACCGGCAUCACGCUCAAAGCCCCACAGCAGACCUGUAUGGCAGACAGCAUCAUACUGAACCUGGCAGGCCAGCUCAUCAUGCUACAGAGAGACCGUUCUGGACCCCAGCUACUGGAGAAGCUGCCGUUCUGUCCUCCAGUGGUUCUGGCCCAGUAUGUAGAGAAUGUGUGGACGACGUGUCGUAGUAACAGGAAGAAGCGUCACCUACUGGAGGCUCUGUGGCUGUCGUGUGGAGAGGCUGGGAUGAAGGUGUGGCUCCCCCUGUUCCCUCGUGACCAUCGUAAGCCCCACUCCUUCCUGUCCCGUCGCAUCAUGCUGCCCUUCCACAUCAACAUCUAUCCCCUGGCUGUGCUGUUUGAAGAUGCUCUGGUUCUGGGAGCUUCCAACGAGACUGUGGUCUAUGACAGCCUGCAGGGUCCCAGAGAGGGCCGGGAGUCCCUACAGGGGUUGUUCCCCUACUGCACGGUGGAGAGGACUUCCCAGAUCUACCUCCACCACAUCCUGAGGCAACUCCUGGUCCGUAACCUGGGGGAGCAGGCCCUUCUCCUGGCCCAGUCCUGCGCAGCUCUCCCCUACUUCCCCCACGUCAUGGAGCUCAUGGUCCACGUGGUGCUGGAGGAGGAGGCCACCUCCCGGGAGCCCAUCCCUGACCCGUUGCUACCCACCGUGGCCAAGUUCAUCACAGAGUUCCCCCUGUUCCUCCAGACCAUCGUGCACUGCGCCAGGAAGACAGAGUUUGCCCUGUGGAAUUACCUGUUUGCUGCCGUGGGCAACCCCAAGGAUCUGUUUGAGGAAUGUCUGAUGGCCCAGGACCUGGACACCGCUGCAUCCUAUCUCAUUAUACUACAGAACAUGGAGGUUCCAGCAGUGAGCAGGCAACACGCUACACUACUCUUCAACACGGCUCUGGAGCAGGGCAAGUGGGACCUCUGUCGUCACAUGAUCCGAUUCCUCAAGGCCAUUGGCUCUGGAGAGAUGGAGACCCCACCCCCAACACCAACCACUCAGGAACCCAGUUCGACGGGAGGUUUUGAGUUCUUCAGGAAUCGCAGCAUCAGUCUGUCUCCGUCAGCUGACAGCAUCGCUGCUGGGAAGUUUAACCUACAGAAGACCUUCAGCAUGCCCUCUGGGCCCUCUGCUAAGGGGUCUGAGAGGUGGUCUAAGGACAGUGAUUGUGCAGAGAACAUGUACAUAGACAUGAUGUUGAGGCGUCACGCCCGCCACCUCCUUGAGCACAUCAGACUGAAAGAGCUGGGUUGUUUCUCUGCCCAGCUGGGUUUCGAGCUGAUUGGCUGGCUGUGCCACGAGCGCACGCGGGUGGCGCGGGUUGAUGAUUUUGUCAUGGCGCUGAAGUGUCUACACAAGGACUUCCUGUGGCCGUUUCCUGUCACCCCAGCCGGCUCCAUCAGCUCGCCUUUCAAGAACGGACACCGCAGGACAGUGCUGAGCCAGCAUCUACUGAAGUCCCAGUCAGCAGACAGCCUGUUGAACAGUGACAUGGACACAGCGCCCCCGCAGGCCGCAGCACGCAACAGCAACCACACCUGGCUCGACGGGCUGGGGGCUCUUGGACCUACAGAGCCUACAGAGAUGGACACUGCCUUGUCCCACGGGGGGCCAAAGACACAGGAGGCCUUCCUCUCUCCACUAACCAACAAAACGGAGGAGUGCAGUAUCGGUUCUGCCACAGACCUGACAGAGACCAGCAGUAUGGUGGAUGGAGACUGGACCAUGGUGGAUGAGAACUUCUCUGCUCUCAGUCUGACCCACUCUGAGCUGGAACACAUAUCCAUGGAGCUGGCUAACAAGGGACCACACAAGUCCCAGGUCCAGCUACGGUACCUCCUGCAUGUGUUCAUGGAGGCUGGCUGUCUGGAGUGGUGUGUUGUGAUUGGUCUGAUCCUGAGAGAGGCCACAGUCAUCAAGCAGGUGGUCAACUUCCUAGACAGCCCCGAGGUUCCUCAUGAGACCGUCCAGAGUGUCCGCUCCGGCCUGCUAGGGGUCGACGCAUGGGCCUCCACUGACUGCCUGGGCUAUAAGCCCUUCCUGAACAUGAUCCGGCCCCAGCUACAGAAGCUCAUAGAGACUUCUGUAGAGCAGAUCCAGCCUGAAGCCUUCCUGCCAGGGGCUUCCAACUCGAAGCUGGCUGAGCCCCAGCCCGGAGGCCCCAGUGCGGAAGACAAUAGGGGGCCUGCUCUCCUGGGUCUGGCCCUUCCUUUGGAGCCCCCUGGGGGGUUAGGGACAGAGGACGGCGGAGUUCCAGAGGAGCAGGAGGAACAGGCGGUGGACGAGGGGGUGUACGACUGCACUCUGUCCUGACCUGAGUCAUGUUCAUUAGGCACCAAACGGACUGAAACAGGGAGGGACUGACUAUAUUGACUUAAACGUUUUUGCUACGGUAAACCCUGAUGAAUGCAGCCCUUUUCUGACCUCUGACCUUGCUGGGCGGGCGUGAUGGGACACGGGAUGAGGAAGAAAGACACUGGAAGUCUCAGACUAAACUCUGUGUGUCUGGAACCAGUUUGUUGACUGACGUGGACUCUGAUAUUUUCCAUUGUGUGUGAGACUGUGUGUCAUGGUAUUGUGUGUAUUACUACACUGUGUGUGUACCAUUUGGAUCCUCAAACGCAAGAGGACAUUCUCUCCAGUCCGGAUACUUGUCCAUCCCGGUGGUGGAGCAGGGUCAGUCAGUCAGUGAGUGAGUGAAUGAGUGGGCUCUUGUGUUUUAAGAGUGUCAGUAUUGUCCAGUUGAGUCAUUGCAGACAUCGUUAGUCAGGACACAGCCGAUUCAUAACAAAACAAAAAUCUUACCUAAAAAUAUAGAUAUGAUCGAUGACGUGCUUCUAACCUCUUAUUUAUUUUGCUCCACGUAAACAUUUUUUUUAAAGAGACAAGAGUUUACCAAACUGAGUUUGGGCUAAUCAGGCUUUAUUCUGGGACUAAAGCAGGCAGUUUGUUGCAAGUUAGCACUUUAUCAAAAUAUGCUUUUCAGAUCAGAGAAAUGCUUUCUGGGCUAUAGUGUCUAGAUAAACAUUUCAGAUUGCCACGAUGACGUGCUGGGCAAGAAGCAUCCGGGUUAUCGUCUGUCAGACCUGUCACAUAUUAAGCUUAAUUGGCUCAUUCCACAUUACAGAAAGUUCAACCUAUAACUGUAUAUUUUUGUCACAGUUUGUGCAACUGAGUUCAGAUAUAACUUUUUGCAAGGAAUCGCCCCUGAAAUCAACUAAGUUCUGAGAUGCACUGAAUGAAGUGUGUGUUACCUCCUACUGUACCGUGGAUUUAAAGAAAUUUACUGAUGCCUUGGUCAAUUAUGUGAUAUUAUUCUACAACAUUACUUCAUGAGACGAUGUCAGUCCCCUCACUAAGAUAUUAAAGACUAGUGUGAAAAUUCUGUUGGUGGAGAGAGAAGACGUGUGUGUGUGUGUGAUGACCUGGAUUGGAGGUGAAUGAUAUUGACGAGGGCCUGACCAGGCCUCAACCAAACCAUGACUGACUCCUGAAGGGAGAAUCUACCUUUCUCUGAGGACAAACUACAUUAUUAUGGCCAUCCAGACCUGCGUCUUUACACACAUGCACACAUCAAAGCAACUAAACAAGAACUAUUAGCUUUUGCCUCAACUUGUACUGUAGUCGUUCUCAGGCCCUGCGCCCAGGUCAAUAUCCUGUCACCUGACCAGCAUAGAGCUCUCUCAGGCCCAGGUCAAUAUCCCGCCACCUGACCAGCAUAGAGCUCUCUCAGGCCCAGGUCAAUAUCCCGCCACCUGACCAGCAUAGAGCUCUCUCAGGCCCAGGUCAAUAUCCCGUUACCUGACCAGCAUAGAGCUCUCAGGCCCAGGUCAAUAUCCCGCUACCUGACCAGCAUAGAGCUCUCAGGCCCAGGUCAAUAUCCCGCUACCUGACCAGCACAGAGCUCUCAGGCCCAGGUCAAUAUCCCGCUACCUGACCAGCAUAGAGCUCUCAGGCCCAGGUCAAUAUCCCGCCACCUGACCAGCAUAGAGCUCUCAGGCCCAGGUCAAUAUCCCGCUACCUGACCAGCAUAGAGCGCUCAGGCCCAGGUCAAUAUCCCGCUACCUGACCAGCAUAGAGCUCUCAGGCCCAGGUCAAUAUCCCGCCACCUGAACAGCAUAGAGCUCUCAACCUUCAAACGGGAAUCAAUGGUGAAACAGCCACAUCCAUUUGUGAUUUUACAACAACGGUUACUAUUUUUUCCCCCUCUGACAUCAUUGCACACGUGACAGAAGAGCUUAAUAUGUACUGCCUUGUUUUCACCAUGCUGCACGACGCUCCUCAGCAACAACGGUGGUGGGGCGGCCAGUGGCACCACCCUACUGCAGAUGUCAUCUUUAACAGCCGGCAAAACUCUGGCUCCUAUCCACAAAGCAACUGAGUACGAACGCUGAUCUAAGAACAGGGCCCCGUGUAUUCAUUGAGCUCUAAAUGGAAAUACUGGUCCUAGAUCAGCUGUUUCUCCAGACAAUUGUUAGUGCUCUGUGAACACAGCGGUUUUCUUUACUGUGUGUAUUCUAUAUUAGCUAGGUUCAGUACAUGAAUGGUCUCCACUUACUUACAGUACAUCACUGUUAAACUGUGCAAUUCUGAAACGUUGCUUUGUUUCAGCUUUUUUAUUUUUUUUUAUUUACAUUCAGUUCCACAUGUUUUACUGUCACUCAUACCAACCAAAACAUUUGUACUUUAAACAUUAUUUUGCUGCAGCUCACUGUGCUUUUAGUUUGAAACAUUUUGCCUCCGCUCACUGUGCUUGUAGUUUGUAUUUGCCUCUAUUCUGAUUCUAUUGUCCUGCAGCGUUGUUUUUACGAGAACCUCUUUGGCCGUGACUGUACACUAGCCUGAGUCCCAGACUGGUUCGUGCCGUCAUACUGUUCCAACUCCAUUUCUGUCAUUGUCAUGUUGGCAAGACGGCACAAACAGAACUGGGACGCAAGUCAACUACACAGCAUCGAUGUGCUUCUUAUACCAUCUGUCCUCUGCUGCCAGUACAGUAGAUACAGUAGCUUACUGUCUGCUGUCAAGCCCACAACAAACCCCAGCUGUGAAGUUUACCUAACGUAAUAAGGUUGUUGGCUAACCAAAGACAUGUUCUGAGGCCUUGGGUCAACGUGACUUGAGUGCUUGUAUAUGCAGAGGUAAAAUGAACUCCUCUGAUGAAAGAUAGAGCCUUUGCUGCUCAAACACAUUUUUCAGUUAGUACUUAAGACAGUUUAUCGAUAUUCUGAUUAUACACGUUUCAUGCUUCCAUCUGAGGAGCAGAAGUCUAUUGUUUCGUGUGUCUGUCUGCUGUUGGGGAAAAGCAUGAUGACAGCGGUACUCUUUUCAAACAAUCUGUAUGAAGGACGUCUUUGUUUUCCUUCAUAUUGUAAAGAAUAGCAUAUCUGACGCAGUAACAUUCCCUGGGUCACGAUAGGUGGACAUCUUCAAUGCAGUGUACAGUAUAGAUACCGUUUCUUGUACAAUUUGCCUUUUAUACUCAUUUUGGUUUUCUAAUUUUUCCUGUACAUAAACAAUAAAUUAUUUUUUAAAACCA